CUGGGGCGCUGGACAUUCCUUUCACAGGGGUGCGGAGGGAGCAGAUAUUCUGGGAUACCGCUGCCAGCACUUCGCAGGGAGACGUGUUUCUGCAGCGUUUUUCGAAAGCAGAAUUUCUUCGGGAAGUGAACUGUGAACUCUUAAAGGUGUUACUGUUGGAUCGAGGAAGUAGGGAGGGACACGUUUGGUUUUCCUUUCGCCUCGUCCUCAACGUGAUUAGGUAUGAAGGUGUUAGUUGGCUGGUCCUUUAAAGUCCUGGAUCCAGUUUCCUCCCAGUCAUCCUGACCCGUCGCCUGCCGGAGCUGAGAGAGUUGGAUCAGAGAGAGAGAUAUAGAGACCUACUGGAUCAGAGAGAGCGAUAUAGAGACCUACUGGAUCAGAGAGAGAGAUAUAGAGACCUACUGGAUCAGAGAGAGAGGCCUAGUACCACAGAGAGGAACGUCAGAGAAUCGUAGAUCGUUAGAGGAUCCUCAGUCUUUACGACCAGAUCUUUGUUAAUGUAACCCACUGUACAUGGGCAAGGAUCUACUUUCUUAACAUAACCCACUGUACAUGGGCAAGGAUCUACUUUCUUAACAUAACCCACUGUACAUGGGCAAGGAACUACUUUCUUAACGUAACUCACUGUACAUUGGCAAGGAUCUACUUUCUUGGUCCUCCACUGAAAGCCAAACAACACCUAAACGGAUGAAUAUUUUUAUGAGGCACCUCCUUGUAGCAGAGAUGGGCCAGGACCAAACCAAGCAGCAGGUAGAGAAAGGCUUAAAGCUGUACCAGGCCAAUCAGACUGACAAAGCCCUGCAUGUCUGGACCAAGGUGCUGGAGAAGACCUCAGACCCCGGGGGGAAGUUCAGAGUGCUGGGCUGUCUCAUCACCGCCCACUCUGAGAUGGGGAAGUAUAAAGAGAUGCUCAAGUAUGCCUUGGCCCAGAUAGACACAGCCAGGGAGAUGGAGGACCCAGACUACCUGACUGAGGGCUACCUCAACCUGGCUAGGAGCAACGAGAAGCUGUGUGACUUCCAGAAGACUGUGUCCUACUGUAAGACCUGCCUCAACAUGCAGGGAACCACUGUCAGUCUGCAACUUAACGGACAGGUGUGUCUGAGCAUGGGCAACGCGUUCCUGGGCGUCAGUGUGUUCCAGAAGGCUCUAGAGAGCUAUGAGAAGGCCCUGCGCUACGCCCACAACAACGAUGACAAGAUGCUGGAGUCUAGAGUCUGCUGCAGCCUGGGGAACUUCUACAUCCAGCUCAAGGACUAUGAGAAGGCCCUGUUCUUCCCGUGUAAAGCGGCUGAGCUGGUGAAUGACUACGGUAAAGGCUGGAGUCUGAAGUACAGGGCCAUGAGCCAGUACCACAUGUCUGUAGCCUACAGGAAACUGGACCGCCUGCCUGAUGCCAUGGAGUGCUGUGAGGAGUCCAUGAAGAUAGCCCUGCAGCACGGGGACCGACCUCUCCAGGCGCUGUGCUUACUGAACUUCGCUGAUAUCCAUCGCUGCCGGAAUGACGUUGAUAAAGCAUUGCCUCGUUAUGAGUCCUCCAUGUGUAUAAUGACAGAGAUUGGGAACCGUCUUGGCCAGACCCAGGUGUACCUGGGGGUAGGGAAGUGUUGGCUCCAGCAGAAAGAAUUGGACAAGGCUCUGGAUGCUCUGCAGCGAGCUCAGGAGUUGUCAGAAGCUUUAGGAACCAAGCUGUGUAGUCUAAAGGUGCACUGUCUCAGUGAGGGGAUCUACCGCAGUAAGGAGAGGCAGGAGGAGCUGAGGGAGCAGGUUGUGAAGUUCCUGCAGUGUGUGGAGGAGCUGGAGCUGUACUGUGGAAUGUGUGGCGAGUCCAUAGGAGAGAAGAACCAACAGCUGCAGGCUCUGCCCUGCUCUCACAUCUUCCACCUCCAGUGUCUACAGAACAACGGUUCCAGGGGCUGCCCCAAAUGUCGUCGGUCCUCCAUGAAGCCUGGGUUUGUGUGAGGUUACGAGGCACGGUGCCUGGGACUUGAGGACACUAUGUGAAGCCCCGACCUCAGUCACAUAGGAGAGCCAGACUGCACUUCUGAAUGGGCAGACUGCUGAACACAUAUCUGAAUGUCCUAACUAAACUGAACACACAUCUGAAUGUCCCAACUAAACACAUAUCUGAAUGUCCUAACUAAACUGAUCACAGACUCGGAUACAGUUUGUUGACUGGCUACUGUGCUCAGAGGAUGUGCCACAGAAACAGGCACCAGCCCAUCACCUCGUCCCCGGGCUACUUGCUACCGACCGAGCGAGAGCUGGCUGGUAGACAAGACUAACAAUCCCAGGGUGAGGACAGACAGGACUGUAUUUCAAGACACAGUCACAGUUCAAAGGUCACCACUCCACCUGUUUUGUACAGUGAACAUGUCUCCUUAGACAGAUGAGGAUACAGUGAUAGCUUUAUUACACUGUUGUACAUGAUUUACUGUUGUUUUUUUGUUGUCAGAGGGUGAGGAGGAAGAAAUCCAAUAUACUUCUUAGUUUUGUGUACGUCUGUUUUAAAUAAAUCUGAUAGUUUAGCAUAAUGUUCACUUUACUUUGGGUUAGGGUACGCUGGAAGAUUCAUUGCAAUCAUGUAAUUUGGAAAUUAUGUUAAACAUUAUUGUUUGGGAUAAAGUGAAAUCACUAGGAUUUUGGCCACACGUUCUAUUAUUCAAGUUUAACAAAAUGGUAUUUUAAAUAUACCCCAUCGAAAGGCUAUAUGUUCUAUAAAUGAUUACUGUAAAGUGGCUAAUGGCCAUAUGUCAUGAACAUAUUUCUGUACAACCGUUUUAUCAUCCGUUCUCAGUGAACAUACGGUUCGUUGUCCAAUCACAGUUGAGAACACAACACUUCAACUAAAGAUCAUAAUCACGAAGAUCAAAUGCUGAUCAAAUGGACAAUCAGGAUAUACUUGUGUUCGUUUGAUAAAAAUAUAAAAACUA